AUGGCAUCACCCGAAAGAGAAACGCUGCCCUCCAUUCCAGGUUGUGAUACAAUCAUUGAUCUAGCUGUACUCAAGGGGGAUGAAUUAACAAACAAAGUGCUCAAGCUAAUUCAAGUGCUUUUCCCGGAUUAUGCUGAAAAUCUCACCAGGAUUGAGCUGAACAGAGUGAGUGGUGCCUUGACAAAUGCCGUCUUCUUUGUCAAUGCUCCCAACAAGCGUCGUUUGUUAUUGAGAGUAUACGGUAAUGGAGUGGACCAAAUCAUCGACCGAGAGAAUGAAUUAGCUUGGCUUGCUCGCCUCUCCAGUUUGAAUAUUGGACCCAGUUUAUUGGGCAUCUUUGGUAAUGGUCGAUUUGAGGAAUAUUUGCCUUCCACCACUUUAACCCACCAUGAUAUUCGUGAUCCCAAGACUUCCAAGGGGAUUGCUGCUUGCAUUCGCGAACUGCACGACAUUGUCACUGUAUAUCCAUUUUCACCAGCGAAGAAUCAUCUGGAAAUAUGGGCCAACAUUGACAAAUGGUAUCGAGUUGUCAUGUCAUUGUUACCUGUACUUUACAAAAAGAGUGAUGGCUGGACAGAAGUACUGACAACCUUCAAUUUGGAGCGCCUGACAUUUGAAAUCGAAGAGUGCAAACAAAUCCUGGAAACCGCAAAAUCCCCCAUUGUGUUUGGACAUAACGAUACACAGUAUGGCAAUGUACUCAAGUUGGAAAAGACCAACGAAUUGGUCAUUGUUGAUUUUGAAUACGCAGGCUACAAUCCCCGUGGGUUCGAUAUUGCUAACCACUUUUGUGAAUGGACAUACGAUUAUCACUCUGAGCAGCCUGCAUCGAUGGACAUGAGCCAAUAUCCUACUUACGAGGAACAGAUCAGAUUUUUGAACGCCUACCUGGAAACCAAGUCUAAACACAACAAUCCAGACAUUUUAGACAAAGCAGUUACAGCCGAAUGCUUGCAGAAAGAAGCUGCCAUGUGGCUCAUGGCAAGCCAUCUUUCUUGGGGUUUAUGGGGUCUGAUUCAAGCAAGCCAGAGUGAGAUUGAUUUUGACUACUUUUUGUUUUCUACUCAACGUUUGAAUGCUUUCCGCGAAGAAUUUGCCAAAUGGAGAUGA